AUGGAGGAGUUUAAUAUUCACGAAAUUACAUCAAUUGAUGCUUCAGCUAUUCUGUUUAUUAAGGAAACGAUGGCAUCAUUAGAGUGCCGUCCUGGAUUGGAAGAUGUUGAAUGCUUCUUAGCAAGCGACCACCCUGGUAUUUAUAUAGGAGAGUUGAACGGUACGCCUAUUGGCUCAGUGUCUUUCACAAAAUACUGUAGCACAUACUACUCGUUUGGCCUGUACCUUGUCGAAGAGAUAUACCGUGGAAAGGGCUAUGGGAUGCAGAUUUUCAACACUGCAAUUAAAGAGAUUGAUUCAUCUCAGAAUAUUUCUGCAUAUGCUGUCCCAAGCAUCGCUAAAAAGUACGAGAUUCAUGGAUUUCGAACACAGUGGUUGUGUUCAAACUAUGAUAUCAACCUAACGAAGGCCCUUGAAUUCCUCAAAGCCAUUCCAUCCAAUCAAAAUGGUUUAACUGCGAAAAGCACCACCGAAAUCGACCAAGAAGCUCUACUGAGUUACGAUACAGCUGUGUUUGGUUAUCAGCGGAACAGUUUCUUAAUGAAAUGGCUCCACGCCAAAGGAAGCCAUGUGAAAGUGGUUGUAAACAGCGAAAGAACCAUUGUCGGUUAUGCUGCCGCGAGAGUAGCGUACCUACAGCACGAAGGCUACCGACUUGGCCCGCUGUUUGCGGAUUCUGAUGAAGCUGCAAAAGUGCUACUAAAAGCAUUGUUUGAAGAGAUUCUCUGCAAUGGGAUCUCUACUUCGCACUCCGUUACUAUCUUUUGUCUCAAAAGGAAUUCAAACUCCAUGGAACUGAUGGAGCAACUCCACGGCAAGCAUACCUUCGAUCUAGCAUACAUAACUACAAAAGGUGUCCCUAAUGGUUGUUUUGAUAAAUGGUUUGGUAUUACAUCACCUGAGAUUGGAUAA